GUUUAGAGAAAAUCUGACUACUGAAAGAUGGGCAACAGGAAUGAGUACUAAGAGCUUCUCACAGUUCUGGAGGCUGAAGUCCAAGAUCAGGGAGACAGCAUGGUCCAGUGAGGGCCCUCUUCCAGGUCACAUACUUCUCUUUGUGUCCUCACAUGGUAGAAGGGAUCCAACAGUCUCAGCUUCCUGCCCUGGAAUUGGCUCUCAGUGCUUCUUUGAUUACAGUCACACCAGCAGCUUCAGGUAAAAUAAACUGCUUCCCUAACCCUGGGGAGUGGAGGAUUCAAAAAGGCAAAGUCACAUGGAAUUACCAUUCCUUAAAAAAAUGAACAUCAUACAUGUGAAGGGAUUUUUUUCUAAUGGUAACUCUGAGGCCUGGAGCUGAUAAGAUGGGCUUAAAGAACCUCCUGCCUCCUCAGCAGAUCUGGCUCAUUUUAAUAGGAUUUUCUCUGCUGUCUUUGGCAGAGACAUACGGAUUCAGUAAAUGUGCACAGUAUGAAUUGGACAUUCACCAUGUUUUCUGCAUUCGGAAGAAGAUCACCAACUUGACAGAUGCCAUUUGUGACAUCCCUGGAUACACUACUCACCUCAACCUGACACAAAACCAAAUUGAGGUCCUUCCUCCCCAUUGCUUCACUAAUUUGACUGCUCUGGUGGACUUGCGACUGGAGUGGAAUUCCAUUUGGAAGAUUGAGGAGAGGGCCUUUUGGGGACUUGAAAAUUUGACCCUCUUAAAUUUAGUAGAAAAUAAGAUUAAAAUUGUGAAUAACUCCUUUGAGGGCUUGUCCAACUUGGAAACUUUGCUCCUGAGCCAUAAUCAAAUUACCAAUAUUCACAAAAAUGCCUUUGUCCCUCUUUUAAAAUUGAAGCACUUAAGUUUAUCUAGAAAUUUUAUUACUAAUAUAUCCAAUAUUCUUGAAGCAGUCCAGCAUCUUCCGUGCCUAGAAUACCUUGAUCUCACUAACAAUAGCAUCAUCUCCUUGGACCACAGUCCCAGGUUAUUGGCCUCACUGACCCAGCUGAGCCUGCAGGGGAACAAACUAAUGGAAUUAAAUUUCUCUGCUUUGUCACUGCCUAAUCUGACCACUCUGGAUGUCUCUCGGAAUAGCCAUGGAGUCAUCCAGAAUGUUGCUCUGGAAACUUUACCCCAGCUGAGGAGCUUGAAUCUAAGUGGAACAUCGGUAAAACUGGAGAUGCUUCCAACCAAACACCUGCAGAAUCUAAGGGAAAUGGACCUUAGUGCCUGGGAGUUUAGAGGUGGUCAUUUAAACUUGAACAGUGUGUGUCACCUCCUCAGACACUUGCCCAUGUUACAGGUUUUGAUUUUUAGAAAAAAGGCCACUAAUGCAGGAGACAUAAAACACCUUGCCAACUGUACCAGGCUUUUGUUACUCGACCUGAGCCAAAAUAAUAAUCUGCUUCACCUCAAUGACAGUGAGUUCAAUGCUAUGCCCAGCCUUCAAAGGCUGAAUCUAAAUAACUGCAAACUUUCCUUUGUCAGCAACCGGACCUGGAGUGCCCUCCAGAAUUUGACAGCCCUAGAUCUGAGCUACAACAAGUUUGAAAGAUUUCCAGAUUUUGCAUUUUCACCCUUAAGAUACCUACAAUCUCUUUUCCUCUCUAGAAAUCCCAUCACAGAACUCAAUGAUAUGGCCUUCUAUGGGCUGUAUUCUUUGAAGGAGCUCAACUUGGCUUGGUGCUGGAUAGUGAAAAUUGACAAGUAUGCCUUUGCUCAAUUUCCAAAUUUGGAGAGUUUAGAUCUUGGAGGCAACAAUAUUAGGACUCUAAAACGCAGAACUUUUCAGUUUCUGAAGAAACUCCAAGUUCUGAUUCUCUCCCAGAACCGCCUGAAGAUUAUAGAGAAGUAUGCAUUUUCAGGUCUCAUUUAUCUCUAUAAUCUUGACCUAGCAAAGAAUAUCUUGUCAAAUAUUGGGACAGGCAUUUUCUUGGGCCUUGAAAAUCUAGAAGUUUUGAAUCUCAGUUUUAAUGAAAUUACAUAUGAAACUACCAAGACCUUGCAAUCUCCUCCAUUUAUGAAGCUCAAGUCUUUGAAACAACUCAACCUAGAAGGACAAAUGCAUGGGAUUCAGGUUGUUCCAACCAACUUCUUCCAAGGACUCAAUGGCUUGCAGGAGCUACUACUAGGCAAAAAUCCCAUGGUAUUCUUGGACCAUCUCCAAUUUGAUUCCCUUACUAAUCUCACAAAGUUGGAUAUCUCGGGAACAAAAUCUGGAGACCGAAGUCUCUAUUUAAAUAUUUCCUUAUUCCAAAAACUCAAAAAACUAAGAAUGCUGCGCCUGGAAAACAAUAACAUUGAGUCACUGACUCCUGGCAUGUUCUCUGGCUUAGAAAGCCUUCAGAUCUUCUCUUUAAGAUUCAACAACCUAAAAGUCAUUAAUCAAAGUCAUCUGAAGAACCUGACGUCACUGAUGUUCUUUGAUGUCUAUGGGAAUAAACUUCAGUGCAACUGUGACAAUGUGUGGUUCAAGAACUGGUCAAUAAACUCAGAAAAUGUCCAUAUCCCUUACCUCCAGAGCUAUCACUGUCAGCCAAAUACCCAGAAUUUGUUGAUAGAUUUUGAUGAUGCUAUGUGUAAUUUUGAUCUAGGAAAGGUUUACUUCCUCUGCUCCUUCACUCUCACCCUCACAACCAUGGUUGUCUCUUGGUUCAGUGCCAAGAUAACGUCAUCUCUAAGGUAUGGGCUCUACAUAUUUCGAGCCUGGUUCCAGGCCAAGUGGCAUAGGACAGAGAAGGAAUUCAUCUAUGAUGCCUUUGUCUCUUUCACUGCCACUGAUGAACAGUGGGUAUAUGAAGAGCUUGUUCCAGCCCUAGAAGAAAGUGGCCAGCCCACCUUUAAGCUCUGUCUUCACCACCGGGACUUUGAACCAGGUAUAGAUAUCUUUGAGAACAUACAGAAUGCCAUCAACACCAGCCGAAAAACUUUGUGUGUGGUAAGUAACCACUACCUGCGCAGUGAAUGGUGCUGCCUUGAAGUACAGCUUGCCAGCAUCAAGAUGUUCUAUGAGCAUGAGGAUGUUAUCAUCUUGAUCUUCCUGGAAGAGAUCCCAAACUAUAAGUUAUCCACCUACCACCGACUGAGGAAACUUGUGAAUAGGCAGACAUUCAUCACCUGGCCAGACAGUGUACAUGAGAGGCCACUCUUCUGGGCUCGAAUUAGAAAUGCACUGGGCAACAAAUCUGUGGAGAAAGACAAUGCACAGCUAACUGUGAGUGAAUGACCAGAGGUCUAUGUGACCUUAAAACUAAUGUUGCCCAAGUUAUGUAUAGGCUGAGAGCGUGACUGAAUGUACCUGUUGUACAGGGAA